GGGGAAAGGGUAGGAGACUGUGAGACUGUGAGGAGAGCUUUAUCCCUGUGCCCUGUGUUCUAUCGCUGCUCAGCCAGCCGGGUCGCAUGACCAGGGUAGUACAGCUUGCUCUGAUAGGUUUUAUAUGUUCAUUUUGGGUCACUCAGCUUGAGGCAGCAUGUUUCAGAAACCAGCACGAGCCAUCUCCCAGCCGCUGGCCGAGUGGGCAGGGCCACUCCUUGCUGCUUUAGAAUGGAAAGCUCUGUGCUACAAAACUCGCUAUUGUUCCCAGCCAGCAGAAGUGUUCCAUUGGACACUCUGUACCCUGCUUGUGUCAGGGCUGCUGGGAACCUACAGAAGCCUGGCUGAGAGAAAACAUUGCUUUAAAGGACACUUUGCAACUUAGGCGUAGCCAUGCAUUUCCUUUGAGCAGGAUUCCCUAUGGAUGCUGUACUUAGCAGUGACACGACCACACUUAUUUAAUGGGAUGAAGCCGUCAGUGGGAGCUGUGCCACUGGUUUGGGAAGAGCAGCACUUCUCUCCAGAAUAGGAGAAAGGCUGUAAAGCCAUCUUUCUCCUGCAUGCAGCACUCAGUAUUCCCAGCAGUGAGAAUCCUGUUCCUUCUCUCCUUGCUGCCCCUAUCUAAUAGAGCACUUCUGGCACAGCCCCUUGCACUUGUGUUCCUCUCUUCUUUGAGGAAACACAGCAAGAAAUAACACAGCAGUUUUUCCGCCUCCCUGAUCGCAGACGCUGCACCCAGCACUGCAAAUCACCUGUUAUUGGUCUAUAGAUCCCAGCGUGCAGCAGGUUUCAAAGGCUCUGGCUUGUUUUCAGGCACUGUGUGUUGUUAGUCCCAACACACAUGGGGAGGUGGGGACCCAGCCAGAAAGCGCCGGGUCUGGGCCACCCCAGGCCAUGAGAAGCCUUCCCUUCUCUGGUCCAGACCAGCACAGAGCUCAGCAGGAACAACCUGCUGCUCCCAGCUGAGCCCCGUAGCCACAGCCAUCCACGGGACACAGGGACAAGAGUGCAGCACCUUCACACCACCCAGCAGCGUGCCUGCAGCCUGGCGUGCAUUCAUGCCCCGUAACAUCGCUGGAAAAGAGCAAGCAGAGGAAACCACUCGGCACCUUCUGUACCUCCUGGGUGAGGAAGAACACACAGCAGCUGAGGCCCCCACGGACGCUUGGGCAAGAGGAGGCCAGCCAAAAUGGCUUCUGUCUUUCGGAGCGAGGAGAUGAGCCUGAUGCAGCUCUUCCUGCAAGUGGAGGCUGCCUACUGCUGCGUGGCCGAGCUUGGAGAACUGGGCCUGGUCCAGUUCAGAGAUCUGAAUGCGAACGUGAACAGCUUCCAGAGAAAGUUUGUGAAUGAAGUGAGAAGGUGUGAAUCCUUGGAGAGGAUCCUGCGUUUUCUGGAAAACGAAAUGGAAGAUGUUGUGGAGAUAGUCAAACUAGAGAAGCACACAGAGACCCCCCUGCCUCGGGAAAUGAUUGAUAUGGAGACAGUGCUGGAGAAACUUGAGGCUGAGUUGCUGGAAGCCAACCAGAAUCAGCAAACUCUGAAGCAGAACUUCCUUGAGCUGACAGAACUCAAGCAUCUGCUGAAGAAAACUCAGGACUUCUUUGAGGCAGAAACCAAUCUGCCAGAUGAUUUCUUCAGUGAAGACACAUCUGGCCUGCUGGAGCUGAGGACCACCCCUUCUGCUGCAGCUGCCAAGCUGGGAUUCACAGCAGGGGUUAUAAAGAGGGAAAGGAUGAUAACCUUUGAGCGUUUGCUGUGGCGAGCCUGCAGGGGAAACAUAUAUCUGAGGUACACUGAGAUGGAUACCCCACUGGAGGACCCUGUGACGAGAGAAGAGGUGAAAAAGAAUGUGUUCAUUAUCUUCUAUCAGGGAGAGCAGCUCAAACAAAAAAUCAAGAAGAUUUGUGACGGAUUUCGUGCCACAGUGUAUCCCUGUCCAGAGUCUGCCACUGAGCGCCGAGAAAUGCUUGAUGGAGUGAACACAAGGAUUGAGGAUUUAAACACAGUGAUAACCCAAACUGAGUCUCACCGCCAGCGGCUGCUGCAUGAGGCAGCAGCCAACAUGUGGUCCUGGGAGAUCAAGGUAAAGAAAAUCAAGGCCAUCUACCACAUCCUGAAUUGCUGUAACAUUGAUGUCACCCAGCAGUGUGUCAUUGCAGAGAUCUGGUUCCCAGUAGCUGAUGCUGGCAGGAUAAAAAGAGCACUCCAUCAGGGAAUGGAGAGAAGUGGCUCUACCAUCGCCCCUAUCCUGACCACCAUACACACCAGGAUGGCACCACCCACCUUCAACAGGACUAACAAGUUCACAGCUGGAUUUCAGAACAUUGUGGAUGCAUAUGGUGUGGGCAACUACAGGGAGAUGAACCCAGCUCCUUACACUAUCAUUACCUUCCCCUUCCUUUUUGCGGUGAUGUUUGGGGACUGUGGCCAUGGUGCUGUCAUGCUGGGCUUUGCUCUCUGGAUGGUCAUUAACGAGGAGAGCCUCCUGGCCCAGAAGAGCAAUAAUGAGAUCUGGAACACUUUUUUCAGUGGGCGCUAUCUGAUCCUGCUCAUGGGCAUAUUUUCCAUGUAUACUGGCUUCAUCUACAAUGACUGCUUCUCCAAAUCAUUCAACAUCUUUGGCUCUUCCUGGCACAUUGUCCCCAUGUUUAAAAAUAACACUUGGAAUAAGGAAGUGCUUCUCGACAACACAGUGCUGCAGUUGGAUCCGGCAGUCCCAGGGGUCUACUCUGGAAAUCCAUACCCAUUUGGAAUAGAUCCAAUCUGGAACAUUGCAUCGAACAAGCUCACUUUUCUGAACUCCUACAAGAUGAAGAUGUCAGUUGUGAUUGGGAUUGUGCAUAUGAUUUUUGGGGUGAUACUCAGUCUCUUUAACCACAUUUACUUCAAGAAAUACAUAAACAUUAUCCUGCAGUUCAUUCCAGAGAUGAUCUUCAUUAUAUGUCUCUUUGGCUACCUUGUCUUCAUGAUUAUUUUCAAAUGGUGUCAUUUUGAUGUCCACUCAUCACAGAGCGCACCGAGCAUUCUCAUCCACUUCAUCAAUAUGUUUCUGUUUAAUUACAGUGAUGCUUCUAAUGCUCCACUAUAUCUGCACCAGAGAGAAGUGCAGAGUUUUCUGGUCAUAUUUGCUCUGAUUGCUGUUCCCUGGAUGCUGCUAAUUAAACCUUUCAUCCUCCGAGCCAACCACCAGAAAGCACAACGCAUGAUUCGGUCUCAGGCUCACCCAGGAAACACUGUGGGAGAAAAUGAAGUAGAUGCCCCAGAGACCAAUCACACCAAGAAAGCUUCCCAGGCAGACCAUGGUGGGGGUCACAAUGAUGAUGAAGAAGAGUUCAACUUUGGAGACAUAUUUGUCCACCAAGCUAUCCAUACCAUUGAAUACUGCCUGGGCUGCAUCUCCAACACAGCGUCCUACCUGCGGCUCUGGGCGCUGAGCUUAGCCCACGCACAAUUGUCAGAAGUUCUCUGGACGAUGGUAAUGCACAAUGGUUUAAGCAACAGCAGCUGGGUAGGCCUCAUUGUGGUCUUCAUCAUCUUUGCUGCUUUUGCAGUGCUGACGGUAGCCAUCCUGCUGGUCAUGGAGGGUUUGUCGGCCUUUCUGCAUGCCUUACGCCUGCACUGGGUGGAGUUCCAGAACAAAUUCUAUGUGGGAGCUGGGUACAAAUUUUCUCCAUUCUCCUUCAAACACAUCAUAGAUGGCACUACAGAAGAGUAAAGCCAGUGAAUUGAUUCUUCAUUUCUUCAACCGGGCUCUGCUUCCUGGCCACUGUUUGUCCACAGAGUUGGUUAUAUUCAGUGAUAUAGAAUGGGACAUAGCCCUUGAAAGAUUAGCUGUAUAUGGAAAUGUCCUAGGUCCAUUCCCACUGAUAACACAGAUGCUGCAUUAGCGGGGCUGGCUGGACCCUGAGCUACAUAUCUUUACUGAUGUCUUUGCCAAGUACCUGGUCCUCAGCAUUUGAUCAGAUCAGCUGCCCACUGCUUGGUUAAAAAGAAGUGAUCCACUUUUUUUUUUUUUUAAAUUAAAUUGGUUAUUAAUAAUCAACUUGCAUGUGUUUUGCUC